UACAUACACACUGACUAAUAUACCUAUACAUUAUCUAGGGUUUUAUAAUUUCCGUCCAAAAAAAUGUCCAGUUCAGGACGCCCGUCGACGGCAACUGGAAGAGAGUUACAGAUUGUAUCUUCAGCCACUGCGCCGGCAGCGUCAGAUAGGACGGCGAUUUCCGCACUUCCGCCACGUCAUCCGAAUAAUUCGUCUGCAAUCGUUGAAUAUACAGCUCCUGUAGCUAGUCAAGAAGAUGAAGAUCUAGAAGUGAAACUACGUCGUAUUAUAGAUUUGGUACCUGUUCGUGUUAACAAUACUUCCGGCAGUUCCGCUGGUUCUGGCUCCGGUGACUUCCAUCAGUAUCGACAAAUGAGACGGAAAGAGCAAGAUCGGCUUGCAAGAAUGGACGUUGAUUACCAAAAAAGGAAAGAAGCGGCAGAGUUCAAUAAGAGGAGAGAAGAAAGAUUAAAAGCAACAGAAGAGCGCACUGCUAAGAAGCGAUUGAAACGCCAAAAGAAGAAGCAAAAGAAACAAGAAAAGAAAAUGAAGUUGGAAGCAGGCAACCAGGAAGAAGAUAGAAAAGAAGUUAAAACUUCAGAUGAAGAUCAAGAUUCGGGCAAUGAUGAAUGAUCCAGAGUACAUGUAUCUGAAUGCAGGUAGGAUGUUUGUUUGUUGGCAUCAGGUAGAUUUAGAAUGGUGGAAAUGUUACUGAAAAUAGUCAUGGCCUGUGCUUAUAUGUUGUUUUGAUUGGUCAUUCUGAAUACCACUGAUGGUCUCUUCAUGAUGUGGUCAUCAGUCUCUGAAUUAUAAUUUUGUAUUAUGAUAGAGAUUUUGUAACAUGUAUUGGGCAUAUGUUAACAAUUUUUAAUGAAAUUCAGUUUCAUUUUCAGAAGAUAA